AACAAAGUCAAUAGCAGUCUGGAAUUCUAUUUCAGGACAGUGAACGUCUACGAGGAUCCUCAAACGCCGGUGAGAUCGGUGAAUGAUAUUUCUUGGUCGCCAGACUCUGGCAGUAAAAUGGUGGUCUCGUACAGUUUCUCUGGAAUCAAGCCAGCAAAUUACAGCAACAUUGCGUACAUCUGGCAAAUUGGGAUUGCGUGACAGUAGUAAAGUGGAUCUCCACGAAGAGUAAUACGGAAUUUUAUUCGGGUUCUUCGGACGGCUGUGCUAUGUGGUGGGACACCAGGAAGUUGCGUGAACCAACCGAAGUUCUCGUGUUCGAUCUUCAGGCGCCAAAUGAACAGAGGAUAGAUCGAGCAAUUGGAGUUUCAUCAAGCGACUACGAAUCCAGCGUAGGCACGAAGUUCAUGUUUGGUUUGGAAAACGGCAUCGUGAUCAGUGGAUCGAAAAGAGCGAGAACACCGACUGAGAAAAUGGCCUUGAAAUUCAACGCUCAUUACGGCCCGGUUCUUUCUGUUGAUCGCAAUGGCUUCAAUCCGAAAAUCUUUCUAACUAUAGGCGACAACACAGUUCGCAUUUGGGCGGAAGACACUAAGGAUAGUAGUCUAUUAUCAACGAGAUUUAUAAUAGAAGGUUCACAAUGUGGCUGCUGGAACAAAACAAGACAUUCUGUAUUUUACGUAGCGACGCAUAUCGGUAUACUGGCUGUAUGGGAUCUUCUAAUAGGAAUACAAGAACCAAUCUUGUCAGUAAAACUGUGCGAGCAAAAAUUAACUGCGAUCGAGUCACACGAGAUGGGGUCUUUACUGGCCGUCGGAAAUUCUGCUGGCAAUGUUUAUCUCGUCGAGUUGACAGAAGCGCUAUAUUCGUUUGAUAAAAAUGACAGGAACGAUUUUAUGUCGUAUCUGGAAAGGUGCACUCGUUUCGUAAAAGCAAUAGAAACGCGUAUGAAAGAAAUCAAAUUAGCGAGAACUAUCAUAGAGGAACCAGAGCUUGUGAUGGAUGCGAAAGAAAGAAAGAAAAAUAAACGAUUAAACGAGCGUAAUAAACAUAAGGUUGAAAAAGAAAAGAUAAAAGAACGAGACAAAACUAAAAUUACAUCCAAGAAAAAGCCUAAAGAUGAGUUUCCCGAACUUCAAGAAGUGGAGGACAAAUUUUUUGAGAUUGUAAAAAAGGAAAAACAAAAAUAUGAAGAUAUUGAAGAUUUAGAUAUUUUACCUCCGAAAGUGAGUCGUGUCAUAAAAAAAACCAAUCGAAAAAUCGGAAAGGAUUCUCAAUUGCCGAUAGAUGAAGCAACAGAACUCGAGACGAAAAUAUUAUUCAAAGAGCGAGAAAAAUAUCCAAAGAAAACCGAGACCAUCGAAAUUUCUAAGGCGGAAAUAGCGCAAGACGUUGAACAGGAGAAAGCAAUGGCGGAAGAGCCCUUGCCUUUGUUGGCGGAAGAGCCCUUGGUGAAAGCGAUUGUAGAAUCUCCUAUGCAGGAAAUUAGCAAGAGAAAGCGCAGAAAGAAGGUGCGGAAAAAACGACCAAAGCCCGUCAUUUUCAGGUUUGGGAAGCCAUGUAAAGUUGUUUGCAAACCUGACAUUUGCUGCCGCAGGACUGCAUUUAGAAAAACUAGGUUUACAGAUCGAACAAUCAAAGAUCAUGAGAAAUGGGGCGAGGUCGACGAGAGAAUAAGAUCGAAGGAUGACAUCAGAGCGAAAUCGUCAAUCAAGGACAAAAUGAGACAGAAGAAAAGAGAACGCUGGACGGAGUUUCUGCGCGUUCAUAAGCGUAGAAAGCAGACUAGAAAGUACAGUACAGAAGAAAAAAUUCGUUUCGUUCAAAAGAUGAUAGUACCGCUUGAGGAAUUCGCCGACAUGACGGAAGAUGUGAAGAAAGCUAAAAAGGAGAUCCAAGAAGCCAAUAUGGCAAGGAAACUCACCAAGAAAGCUUUGAAAAGCAGUGCUGCAGUAGCGGAAAAAUCUCGAGACGCCCCAAAAGGAUCGGGAAGGGGUAAGAAAGAUUUUGCCAAGGAGGUCACGAAGAAGAUCCUUACUGCACAAAAGGCAAGGAAGGUGUGUCGUACGGUCGUUAUGACAGAUCCUUGCGUUCCCUGGGAACCACCCUCGCUUACAGAAGAGCUGCAGAUACUUUUCCAAGAUCUUCCGUCUUCGAUUAAAAAAAUCGAUUGAAAAAAAGACGAAACCCGGCUUGCAUGGAAGAGAUCGAAGCCACUCGCGGUAGAGUUUAUCUAUGGAUUUCCGAUUUCCCAUCCAUCGAAUAAUGUUACAUUAUCUGAAACGUUCCUAACUUUUUUUAUGUCAGUGCUGCAAUACUAUUUGCAAAGAUUUUUCAUUCUUUAAUUUAGAGAA